UUCAUGUUUGAGUGAAUAACUGCUUUGCAUUUGGAAAUGCUGUUGAUUAUCGUGUAUAUUUAUCGUUAUUAAACAAAAAAUAUUUAAUGUACAGGCCUUUGGAGAUGUAUGGUACAAAUUCAGAUGCCAGCUCAUACCCCAAGAUGAACACAGCCAGUGGGCAUGCUCAUGGACAUUGUCAAGGAAAAAAGGACUCCUGUUGUAAUGAGGGUGAAGCAAAGGUUGAUUUUCCAUCGCCAGGCCCUGCUGAUAGACCAAAACCUCCUCCACCACCAGCACAUUCAAAACCAGACACUGCUGCAAUGAGUAUAGUCCAGGCAGUACAGUAUGGUGAAAUGGAGAAAUUGAAAGAGUUAAUUGAUAAAGGUGCUGAUGUCAGGGCACCAGAUUCAGAAAAUGUUACAUUGCUGCAUUGGGCUGCAAUCAACAACCGAGUUGAGAUUGUAAAAUAUUUAAUUGCAAAUGGUGCGAUUGUUGAUCAAAAAGGUGGAAAUCUUGAAGCUACUCCUUUGCACUGGGCUGUAAGACAAGGUUUAUUGAAUAUGGUUGUUCUACUGAUGAAGUACGGGGCCAAUCCUAACUCCACAGAUAUAGAAGGCUGUUCCUGUCUUCAUGUUGCAAGUCAGCUUAGCAAGACACCAAUUGUCGCUUACAUGAUCGCCAAGGGAAUGGAUGUUGAUCAACUUGACAAUAAUGGAAUGACUCCUCUAAUGUGGGCAGCUUAUCGAUCUUUUAGUGUCGACACCAUCAGACUUCUAUUGACUAUGGGAGCUUCUUUAAAUAAACGAGAUAAAUUCCAUAAAAAUACAGCCUUGCAUUGGGCAGUGAUAUCCAGUAAUCAUUACGGUAUUUCUAUUUUAAUCAAAUCUUCCGCUGAUGCGACCAUCGCUAACGAAAAGGGUGAAACACCAUUAGACCUUGCUAGUCAGAAGAAAUCAUCUUGGAUCAUGACUCAACUCGAGUUUUUAAACCUGAAUCAAGGUCGUGAACAACCAGGCUGGUUAAGAAAUAUUUCAACAAACAAGGUAUUCCGUUAUCGUAUAAUGCUUUUCUUGCCUUUCUACACACUUUUCUCAAUCGCUGCCGUCUUGGAGUGGAUGAAAGGAUGGGAAUGUACGGCAUUUCUUGCGUCGACAUUUCUUAUCACAUGGGGCUCAGUUAGAUUAUUUUAUAGUUACGAUAUCAAAUCUAAUCCAAUGGCUAUUGGUAUAGCCAUGGCAACAAAAUCUUUGACGUAUGCUGUAUGGUAUUUUUUUCUCGUGGAAUUCUGUUCUUUGUAUUUUAUUGUUCCAUUCCUUAGUUUUUCUACGUUGUUGUUUUAUUCAUUUUACAAAACAUGGAGAAGUGACCCAGGUUUUAUCUCAUCAAGUCACGGAGAGCGCAAACGGAUAAUAGUCAAUCUCGCAGAAGAAGGGCGCUUGGAUUUUAGAACGUUUUGUUCGACGUGUUUGGUUCGACGUCCCAUUCGGUCUAAACAUUGCUCUGUGUGUGAUCGAUGUGUCGCUCGAAUGGAUCAUCAUUGUCCUUGGGUUGAUAAUUGCAUUGGUGCCGACAACCAUGCAUAUUUUAUAACCUAUCUUUUCUGUGUCAUCGUAUGUUACAUCUACGCCGUGUACGGAGCAUUUUACUACUUUUCAGACAAAUGUGGUGCCUUUAACAAUGGCGUGUUAAAAGGUUUUACCGCCAUGUUCCAAUGUUCUGGAAUGUUGUCGUGGACUGUGUUCUUAGCUAUAUUUUAUCUUAUAUGGGUGACGUCACUGUUUGUCUCACAAUGUCACCAGGUAUUUGUUCGUGGAAUGACUACGAAUGAGAUGAUAAAUGCUCCAAGAUAUCAACAUUUCUUUGACAAAAACACAGAUGGAAUCCCCAGCAGUCCAUUCACACGAGGCAUUGUUGGAAACAUAGCAGAUUUCUUUCAGUGUUCGUGUUUUGGUUUUGUAAGACCAGUCUAUGUUGACUGGAAAUCAGAGUUUGACGUCGACAGGUUCGUUGGACUUAAAAAACAAACCGUUUAGAAUAUUGGACAGUGAUGGUGGCUAACGAAGCUUAUCGUAUGAUCGUGGAUAAUUCAUCUAUAAACAUGUCAAACAUCGUAAUGUCUUCUGUUCAAGAUCAAGAUAGCAGAUUGGACUUUACGGAUUUUAAGACAAGAGUGUUACGUUGAAAACAGUUGCCACUGUAUGAAAUAGUUUUCUAUAAUAUUGUCAGCAAUAGCCGUAUGAAAAAGGAUUUGCUUUCUUGUAACGAGUUUGUGUGAAACGACUUAGUUAAUAGGCUGUUUCUUUCGUACAUCUCCUUGAUGAACAGUUAGGAUUUAGUAAACGCAACAAAUAUCCCUUGUUUGUACACAAGAAGAGCAAUAUUGAAGUUUCGUUUUAUUUUAGUUGUAUUUUGUUGAGGGUUUUUUACUAUGGCUGUUAAUAAUACGACAUUUAUCAUUGAUUUUCAGUAAUAUAUAUUUAGAUCAAACAGGGCUCACAUGCCAUUGAUUGGCUGCUUUAUGCACACUCCUGUAAUUUUUAGUAAUGCAGAAAACAAGAAAAGGCAACACGCCGCACAUCGUUUUUGUAUCGCUUUGUGGCUAUGGUCAGAAUAUAACAUAAAGUUAUAUCAUGAAAGAAAAGUUGACAUUGCUGUGCUUUAAGUGACCAUGUCAUGAAUUUUUUUGUUAACUUAAAUAAAAGUUUUCUUAAACUUUAAA